AUGAGUCUGAUGGGAACUGUUCCAGCGUGUUUCAUAGGCAAGGAGUACAACAUUCCGGUGUGUUUGUGGCUCUUGGACAGCUAUCCCAAAGACCCUCCUGUCUGCUUUGUGAAGCCCCCCAAGGAAAUGAUGAUCGUGAGGGGCCAAUACACUGAUGCCAAUGGGCAGAUUGACCUCCCUUACCUGCAGGAGUGGACCUAUCCCCAGUCGGACCUGCUCGGACUCAUCCAGGUUUUGACAGUGGUGUUUGGGGAGGAACCCCCCGUUUGUGUUCGCCCACCAAACGCCAAUCCUGACUUUGUCCAGGGGGACUGGGACUUUCACCUUCCAAAACCCGCGUCGUGGCAGACGACUGAAGUCGUUUCACCUCCCGACAAGGAAACACAUUUCACUUUGGCAAGGGAGGAUGGAGUGCUGAUUCCCUCUGAAACUGAGUGUUAGCGGCAGUGGUGUCGUAUUCAGGACUGUUUAUUGCCCCACACGAGGAGACACAGCAGCCCUUCCUCUCAGGAGGAAGGCAGAAGGCAGUGCUGAAAGUGAGAGGCCCUGCUUUCUGUGGGAGGCCAUAC